AGAAAGAAUUGAUGAAAACAUCUAAAUCAUUGGAAAAAGAUCUCUUCAAACCGUUUCUCGGAAAAGUCUACUAGAUGCAACGUUGGAUUGGGUCUUGUGAAAUUAAUUUAUAUAUAACUACCAAUCAGAAAUCGGUUCAUCACGUGACUUAAAAUAUAUACCGAAUAAUACUCUUUCGUAAAAUACUGUUCUUUAGAGAUCUGAAAGUAAAGGCCUGAAGAUAUUCCAUUUGUGAAGUAUUCUUGCCGUAGAGAUAAGAACAGAUUUAUUCGAUCAGAAGAAUCCGAAGUUGUCAGUCUACCGUAUAAUCAAUCUAAUAUAAGGCGUACAGUGCUACAGCUAUAACCAUGGAUAAGAAUGAUGAAAAAGCCCUGGUUGCUGCCUACAAGAAAUCUGCAGGAGAAGAAUCCAGUGACAUGGAAUGUGAAGAGAACGAAACAUCCUCUGAAGAUGAAGAAAGUGUAGAGGAAGAAUUGAAUGAGGCUGCUGGAUGUUCAACAAGUGACACCAGCGAGCCAAGAAAGAAUCCUGAUGUAACUAAAAUUUUUUGCCGUCUCCUGAAACAACCUCCCAAAAUUGAAACCGCUGCUUUUCGAUUCAUGGCUCAGAAACAACGAGAGAGAAUGUAUGAAAACUUCAAAAAAAAGAUCGAAGAGCAGAAAGAAAAUGUCGAAGCAAAUAAAAAGAAGCUUUUAAAAGCUUAUAAUUCCUUUUCCUACCUAACUACUGAAGAUCAUGAAGCUGACAAGAUUUUUCAAAAUCGUGUUGCUAUCGAUGAUUUGGAAUCCGACUAGUGUUGUUCUAGGCCCGAGAAGCCAAAAGAAGUGGAUAAUUCUUUCAUGUUUUCCCUUCGGAGCCGUCAUAUUGUUUCUUUUUGUCAUGAUCCUCAAGUUCUACUUUAAUAUUGUCACUGUGUCACACUAUUAUUUUUUUUUUGAUGAAAUGAGCAAACAAGAACACUUUUCAACUCAAUUCAGUAAUUUCACGGAAAAAUUAUCUUAACAUAGACUGAACAGCUAUUUAAGUAUGUCAGAUUUCCUAUUAAAACUAAAACUACAAUUUUUGAUGCGAAUUUUUGUAUUAAGAUGUAUUUUUAUUUAUAAUAAAUGUUUAUAUAUCACGUGAUUAGUAGGGAAACGGAGAUGCAUUUUACCAGGAGCUCUAAAAUUUCCCAUGCUCCAGAGCUCUUUUAGUUUUAUAAGAGUCAGUUUCCUAAGAAUCAGGCAGGAUUACAUACUUGACAUGUUAAAACUAUAUAACGCGAGUUUUCAUUAUUUUUUAUUUUUCCGAGGAGAAAAUUUUUCUUAAGGAUUUAGGGGUCAAAACUGAAGAUUCUCAUGAAUUUUGAAAAAAAAAAAGACAUCUAUUUACAUGUGGCAAUGCUUUUUGUGAAAUGAGUGAACCAUGACAUUGUCCAUUAUUUUGUCUUCUACUACUUUCACACUAACACCAAUGGACCUUUGCAUCGAAGGUCAAAAGUCAUUCAAAAAUCUUCGAAAUAAAGCUGUUUUCUUAAUUUUUGACAGUCAAAAAAUCUACUUAUGCCAACAAUGAGUAUAUAUUUCUGCGAAUGCAUAUUAAUGAGUAGAACCAAGAAAACGUGUGAUGUACAUUUGGCGUGAUUUGAAAGUAGCAAAAACUGAAAAUUUCUUCAACGUCAAUAACUGAUCGGAAAACUGACUCUUAAUAAUUAUUUUUUUUCCAACUUUUUAAAUGUUUCGAGCUUAAAAUAAAAAAAACAAAAAUAUUAAAGAUUUUUGCGUUUUUAAUUUCUGGAUGAUUCUACAAAUGCAGAUAAUUUGUGCCUUGGCUGAUAUAUCUUAUGUAAUUUUGUUUUAAAUCGGGUUAUACAGCAUUCAUUUUGAUUCAAAUAUCUAAUAAUUAUGAGAUACUAAUCAUGCAAUUAUCAAAAAUUUCUUUUUACAAUUACAGUGAAAUCUCCUAUUAUGGACACACCUGCAAAACGGACACCUCUCAAUUCGGACAUAUUUUUAAUUCCCCGGGAUUCUUCUAUGAAUAAACCGUUAUGUACAUUCUCCACAAAAAUGACACCCACACGCGGUCAGUCAUUUUUGCCCUGAAACUUUAUUUUCUAUCUCUUUAAACUUUAUUUUCUAUCUCUUUUAUUUUCUCUACUUUUUGUAAGUUUGAAAAAGAAAUAAUAUUUCUGCUUUAAAUUGCGAGAAACAAAAUAUGCAACUUUUAACCAUUUUUAAAGCAUGUAAAUUUUUUGCCUUAUCCAUAACUAAAAAUAUUGUUAAGCUAUUUCACUAUUAAAGAAUCAAUUCCAUAGGUCCUCAUGACUUACAGGUAUGCAUUACUUUUUUUUCUUCUGUGUAUCAUAGGAGGUUUACUUUCAAGGAGGUGUUAACAAUGUUUCCUAUCAAGUGAAAGGUAGGUAUGAUAUUAACCUAAUAAUUGAAACCCACUGAGGACUAAAAGCUCAUAUUCGGUAUCAUAUGUCUGAACUUAAAUACUUGUGCUAAUAAGAAAAUUAUAUUCAUUUAUCUGAAGCUACAUCUAGAAUUACGUAUUUAUGUAUUCUUUUUAUCGAAAAAAUAUUUUUUUUAAAUUUAAAUAAAUAUCCACGUGGAUAGUUAUUGUUGAUUAUUUAAUUAUUACUAUAUCUUUAAAAUUAUUCUAAAAACAAUUUACGGUGUUAAAUCCAUUAUUGAGGUACCCUUACCGUAAACGGGAAAUUCUUUCGGUCCUUAGAAUGUCCGGUUAACCGAGGUUUCACUGUAAAUGCAAUGUUCCUUUUUAUAUUAAUUAAUAUUAUUUUUUUAUUAAAAUUUCAAACUAUAAGCUGAAACUCAAAAGCUUGAUAAAUAUAUUGUAAAAUUGUCUAAAACUUAGCUGAGAUCGUGCAUUGGAAAUUUUUCGGCUACUAGUCCCUGGUGAAAAGCUUUCUCAGGUGCUAAAAUUCUGAUUGAUAUAUAAACGGUUAAAAAAAAAGUUUUAAUUAGUAAGAUAUAUUAUUCUAAUGUAAACGAGAUUUUCAGUUUAAUACUUAUUUGACAUAUUAAGCCCU